AUGUCACAAAUAAAUAACGUGUUGACAAAAUAUUUCAGAAGAAUCAAGAGAAAUGUUAAUAAUGAAUCAAUAAUACAGCCUGCUGUAUCAACAGAUGAACAAGAAAAAGAAGAAAUUGAAAUUGAAUCACCUUCGUUUAAACGCUUAAAGUUAUCUGAAGAUAAAGGCUCAUCAACAUCAGUAUCACCAACAUGGUCAAGAGCAUUAGAGUCUUUAACAAUAUCUGCAUCUUCACAACCAUCAUCACCACAUUCAAUAUUAUCUAAAACUUCGUCACAAAUAACAUCAACACAGUCGUCAAAAUCAGGACAUAAAUCAUCACCUACUUGUGCAAGAGCUUUAGCACUUUUAACCAUAUCAGCACGUUCACUAGCACCAACAACAACUUUAUCAUCAUCAAUAAGAUCAUCAACAUCAACAUCAAGUCCACAAACAACGACACCUUUAGCAUCACCAAUAAAUUCACCACCAUCGUUAACGUCAAAUAGUUCACCACCAACAACAGCUUUAACAUCACCAAUGAAUUCACCAUCAUCCACGUCAACUUGUUCAACACCAGCAACACCUUUAGUAUCACCAAUAAAUUCACCAUCAUCCACGUCAACUUGUUCAAUACCAACAACAGCUUUAACAUCAUCGAUAAAUUCACCACCAUCAGCAUCAUUAUUGCCACCUAAUGAACGAGAUCCUUGUCUUGGUCCAGCAGCAGCCAAACAAUUCGUUUUUCUUGGACCAUAUCAACCUGAUUUUAAAUUUCCUACAGUUCAAAAUCGUCAUUUUUGUCGACAGUGUGGAAAAAUUGAUAGUUGGUUUACUGUAACUGGUUUUAAUUCAUGGAAAAAUGCAAUUGCUAGAUUGAACAAUCAUCAAUCUUCAGUUACGCACAAGCGAGCAUUACAAACAUGGACAGAUUUGAAAAAAAACUAUAAUAAUAAUAGUGAUGUGUUGAAAUUAAUAGACAAGCAACACAGGAAACAAGCUGCAGAAAAUCGAGCAUAUCUGGUUGAAAUAAACGAAAUAAUUGAAUUACUUCAACAACAAAUUUUAACUGGAAUUUUAAAUGAAUGUCGUCGUGCAAAAUAUUUUUCCGUAAUAAUUGAUGAAACAAAAGAUAUUGCUUGUCAUGAACAAGUUUCAGUAGUUAUACGAUUUGUCGAUGAGAAGUUCAAUGUUUUCGAAAAAUUUAUUGGAUUUGAACGUAUAGCUACAAUGACUGGAGAAGCAUUAACUGAUUUAUUAAUAAAAUGGUUAAAAAAAUUUAAUUUGAAUUUACAAAAUUUAGUGGGCCAAUGCUACGAUGGUGCUAGCAAUAUGCGAGGUGAAUAUCAAGGUGUAGCAGCUCGUUUAUCGCAGAUUGCUCCAUUAGGUACUUAUAUCCACUGUAAUGGCCAUGUGUUGAAUUUAUGUUUAAUUGAUGUAUCAGCUCGUGUGCCAUCAGUACGAGAUACUUUUGGUGUUGUUUCAUCUUUAUACAAGUUAGUUGAAGGUUCAGUUAAACGUCAUCAAGUCUUCGAACGUGUUCAACAAGAAGAUGGUUUAAAAAAAUUGACUAUUAAAGAAGUAUGUGAAACACGUUGGACAUGUCGAUUAGAAUGUUUGAAAGUUAUUUUACUUCGUUUUAAUGAGAUUAUAACAACAUUAGAAGUUAUCGAAGUACCUGAUGCAUUUCUUCUUUUAAAUUCAUUACUAUCAUUUGAUUUUAUAUUUCAUUUAUUUAUUAUGAUGGAGAUUUAUUUUUUGACAAAUAUUCUUUCGAAGUUUUUACAACAUUCAAAUGUUUCAUUAACAGAUUCACUUGCUCAAGUAAAAAUAACAAUUGAUACUCUAAAAAGUUUACAAAAUGAAACUGAAUUUGAACAUAUAUAUAAUGAAGCAUUGAAAUUAUGCAAUGAUAAUGGUAUUGAACCACCAGAAAAACCUCGAACUAAACGUAUACCUGUUCGUUUUGGUGGUAGUGAUGAUGGAACAGCAGGAUUAAAUGUUAAAGAUUACUAUCGAAUUAAAAUUUAUUAUGUUAUUUUAGAUAACAUUAUUACUUCAAUAAAUCACAAAUUUGAUGAAAAUAUUCUUGGAGUUGUUGUAUUGAUGGAAAAACUCUUUUUAUAUAAAGAAUGUCUUAAUGAAGAUGAACUUCAUGAGUUAACACAAUUUUAUUCUAUUAAUUAUGAUGAUUUGAAAGCCGAACAACGACUUUACAAGAAUCAAUUGAACGAUAAGAAAAUGAAUUUGUCUGAAGUAACUGAACUCUUUUUGGAAAAUAAUUUUCAUAUAGCAUUAUCGUCCAUGAAUGAAUUAUUGAAGAUUCUUUGGACUAUACCGGUUAAUUCAUGCCAAUGUGAACGUAGUUUUUCAUGUUUAAAAAGAUUAAAAACUUAUUUAAGAAACAAAACAAUUGAUACAGUUCAAGGUCGACAAUAUCGAACAGCUUUACAACAAUUACAAGAUUUUUUUUGGCCUGUACGAAAAAUACAUCACAGUAUUAUUAAUAAUAAUCAAUUAAAUGAACAUGAACAACAAACUACUAAUGUACAACGAUCAUUACGUGUUCAUGAAAAUAAUCAAACUAUUAUCAAUGAUAAUCUGAAUGAACGACGCAGACAACAUCGUAGUCAACGACACUCAGAUACGAUGGUUGUUGUAUAA